UGUGCUUCUAUCAGGUCAUUGAUCAGUCUACGGACUUCAUUAUCUAAGGAAGUUUCUGCCUCUGUUUCUAGUAAGAUUUACUUGUGGUGAUAUCUAGUGCUUAUAGGAAUCAGAAGACAAUUUCACCGAGCUCAAAAUGGUGUUGACAGCGAAGUCCGUCGCCUGCAGGACGAGAACGAAUCUUUAAAAAGGUAGACUCCUCAAUACACUUAUGUUCUUAGAUCGUUAAAGCACAUGGAGGAUGUCAUGAAAGGCAAAGAAAUGGAGAUAUGCGGUUUGCGUCGCCAAGUACAAAGCUUUUCUUCUGGGGGAGCUAUGUGCACUGUAUGCUCCCGAACAGUCAAUGUCACAGCUGACUUGUCGGGUGCUGAGAGAUGCAAAACAAAGUCCAUCUUAAAUCAUAAACGUCCUCAUUUGAAUGUAAGCUGUUUUGUCUAAAUUAGUUACUGUAGUACCUUUUCCCGUUUAUAUGGCUAUCUCCCUCUGUAAGUCUAUUCACAUUUGUGUGUAUGUGUGAAUCGGACAGAAGUUCUGUGCCACUCAAAUACAUCAAUACGACUGCGGUAGUAUUGAGUAGUGCAGAUUUAUAGUAACAACCGACGGUAAUGUGAAUCCCGUUCACAUCCUUCCUUGUGCAGUGCCUGUUACACUCAUAUGACUAAUUCCGUAGAUCACCUGCGAUAAUCAGAAGUCGUUUCCAUUAUGAAACUAAGAAAAACAAUGUUUCAGAAAUCAGUAAAGUGAAUAUCAAAAUUAAGAUGUAAGACCACUGUACAAAAUCGAUGAAAUUUUCUCACCUUGAAUAAGACUAAACGGAAAUGCACAAAAUGAUUGCAAUUAUAAUUAGUUGAAGUAGACGUCAUGAAUAUAGGUAGGAGGGUAGCGGAGAAAACUGCAACUAAUGCCCAACUCGUAUGCUUCUACUAAAAUUGCAAUAAUUUUGUCUGAUAAUCCUGAGCCAACUUCUAAUAAACAGUUCUUAAAAUGAACCUGCAGGCCUUGCUGCACUUAAUUUUCAACUUAAAUUGAGGUUGUUUGUCAAACAUUCCUUCAAUUUGCGGAUAAACAGGUGACAAUUGUAUUGCUUCUAAGAUCGAGUUGAAUUCUUCCUCUAAACAGCUUGUUUAUUUUACAAUCUCUUCUCUUGCAAGGGGACUUUGACCCAUGUUGCUAACCCUUAGUUUUCUAACUUUCUUAGUAACUGAAUUGACUUUUUGAUCUAACCUGCGGUGCAUUUUUCAUUUCUUUGGUUUUCCCUACUUAUAAUCUGCGUUUAUAAGUUGUUUUCAGCCUACAACUAACCUGCCCUAUUACUUCAUUGUCAUCUAAGCUUACAGAAAUACAUUUUUGUAUCUGCUGCUUCUCAAGAAGAUGCAGAAAUAGGUGUUAUUUAGCUAUUUUUGGAAGACGAGAAACAGUAGACGGAGUAAUGCUAGACUUCUCCAAGACCAAUAACUGUUGUGUCUCACCACUGAUCGUUUCUUCGAAUCCAGUAUUAAUAUUCAUUUUAUCAAAAUAAGCCCAUUCGAACUUCUCAUCUGUUUUUCUUUUGUGUGCACUUGGGUGAGAUUAAACGUUCGUAGUAACUAGUGUAUGAGAACUGCCUACGUAUGCCCCAGGAAAAUAUGUAGUUAUUUUCAUAACAGUUGUGAUCUGACAAGUUGCAUAUUUUGAAAAUUAUGGCUGAACUGUGCUCGUAAAUUUUUCCUUGAUAUUUGAAAGACUUCAGCAUCAGAUGGUGCAUCCGUUUCGACCUCGAGCAGCAGUAUCAAGCAACCAAUCAAGAAACGCCCAUGUGUCCAAGACACUGUGACGGAGAGUAUCCUGGACAACCAUGUCAACACAACACCUACUGAUAUUCAUUCAAACAGAAACUGCAUUACAUUCUACAUCACUGACUUUCGAUAAUUACUUCCUAGACAGUUUUCUGUGGUUUUCCACCUUUCUUGCAGUUGGAUAACAAGACUGAAAUAACUAGUCUGGUGAGAGCUUUCUAAACUAAUUUAAUGUGAUCGCAUGCAGGUGAUUAUUUCCUGUAAGCCCUGAUAUUUGCUAAAUAAACAAAGCCUACGACUUAACAUUACAGAAUGUCGUGGUGUUCAGUUUCAUUUCUAUCAGAACCAGCAGAAUUAAGACGAGUUGACUCAUCAGCGCGAAUCCAUGCACAAAAUCGCACACUCUAGAAAAGUACACAUGAAACUAAG